AUGGAGAGUCUUGAUUGCACAGAAAGGAAGCUGCUUAGACAUCUACCUGGCUACUUUUGGCCUAGAGUACGACACAAUGAAGAUCUUUACGCAGAAAUUGAUGUGGUAUACCAGCGGAUGACACGUGGAAGAUAUCAACAUCUUGCACCGCCAUCGAAAGUGGCUACAGUAAACCGUCUUCGCUUCCUUGGUCACAUAUUAAAGGGACCAGCAGAUCGCCUUAUUCAACGAGUACUAGGGAGUUUGUCGGGUUCAAGCCGGAAGAGGCCAAAUGGCAAAAAACGGAAGUUGUGGACUGAGUUGUUGAAAGAGGACCUGAGGACUCUCGGCGUGGAUAGGCAGUUCAAGCGAAAUCUAAGAUUCGCAGGAUAUGGAAUAGCGAUGGAUGGGUUGAUUCGGUGCCAGCUCUCGCAGAAGAUCGAGAAGGUUGGACAGAGCUAUGUUCAAGGACACCACACCCCGGUGAAGAUGCGGGUAAUCGUGUCAGGCGAUGGCAUCAUUCAUCAUGGCAUCGCCGAUUAA